UUGCCGAUUUCGUCUGCUGACUUGCGACAGCGACAGCGACAUCUGGCGAAAAUUGCGGAACCGCCGUACAAGUGACGUCACGUCACACGUGACAUAAUUACGAACCCUGGCCGGACAAUCCAUGGCAACGAGAAAAUAGACGAAAAAUUCCCAAGGAUGAGUCGACCCCCCUCAGCUGCGGGACGCAGGCCUGGCACGGGAACGGGACAGCUCAGGCCACCGACAGCCAUGCGUCCUGGUACUGCCUCCAGACUUGCCCAUGCCAUGGCGGCAACCCCAGGUACAGGCAGGCCAGGAACGCGAGGCUCGACGGGUGCAAUGGGAACCUCGUUGAACACAGAGAUACAGGUGAUGGAUCGGCCGACGACCCAGCAGGGCCUCGGCGGCAUCAAGACCGGCUACAAGGGCCCACAUCGACAGAUACAGGACAAGUCCUACUUUCUGGGACUCAUGCGCUCGAAAAUAAACGAGCUGGGGACAGAAAUCAAUAGACUACAGAAUGAGACGGACAGACUGCAGCAGGAGAAUUCUCAGUUUCUCCUGUACGAGAAGAAAGCUGAGGUGCUAGCGCAGGAGAUAAAGGACAUGCAGGGGGAGCUGAUAGACCACAACACACUCGUUGACAAGCUUAACACCGAUAUGUCAGUGAACAUGGUGCAAGACGAUUACAAUCACCUUAAGCAGCAGAAUGAUAGAGAAGCCAAGAGUAUUGACAUGAUCUUCACGGAGAGACAGGAGAAGGAGAAGAAGCAGCAGGAACUGGAAAAAGAGAUGGAGCAGGAGCGUCAGCUCGCCGACACGCUCGUCGCGCACAUGGACGAGGACACGCGACGGCGCCACCUGGAGAUGAAGUCUCGCAACAACGAUCAGCUCGCAGAACUGGAGCGGCAGCAGCGGCAGCUGGAUGAGAUGAACGCUCGCCGUGCCGAUCUCGAGGAUGAGAUCUCAGUCUCCCACAUCAAACAGGAGGCGGUGAACCAGCUUUCGCAGGCGUAUGUGCAGCGGCGUACACAACUGGAGGACAACGAAACUUACCUGCAGCUGCAGAAUCUCGAAAAGAAGUGGCAGCAUUACGAGCAAAACAACUACGUAAUGAAGGAGUUUAUCGGGAACAAGAUGAGGGAGACGGAUUACUCGGUGGUGAAGCACAGCGUUCUUGAACAGCUGCAACGCUACAACAAGCACAUCAUCGACAAUGCUGGCAAGCCUGGCAAAGCUAUGUCAACCAUGAGCGAGACAAGUGAGCGCGUCCCAAAUCGUACGUACUCGCCCGCUCGCAGCACAAAGGUUGAGUAUCUGUUCUCUGAGGAGAUCUCGUGUUCGCGCACGUUCUCCCCACGUGAACUGGUACUGGCGCGGGGCGUCGGUGCUCGGAUAGCGCUCGUAGUUAAGCUCGUCCCGGACGCAUCUGCCGACACGCCUGCGACUCGGGCCGUGAGCGUCGGGGACGUCUUCGCUCACCUCGAGACGUCGACGGUCGCAAUCUAUGCAGGAACUGCCAGAGAUGCCUUCGGCGAGAACGUUCCCUUCCUGAAGAUCAGGCCCUUUGAGGAUGACCGAGCAGCUCGCGAGCGUUCACGCGUCGCCGCCGCCGAGCUGCAAGACCUGGAGACGGAGCUGGACGAACAACACGGCGAGAGAAACGUCAAGUAUCGCGAGCUGCGCAAGCGCGAGGAGACCAUGGACGAGUUCAUGACGGGCUUUGAGGAUGAGAGGACGGGUGAGAUGGAGAGGAAGCUACAGCUAGAGAUCAACAUCCUCGCUCUGCUCGAGCAGAUGGCGAGAAACCUGAGCAAGCUCGGACACGUGCCAUCGCGCGACCAGCUAGCUGAGCUACGCGCCGACCUCACCUUCAAGGUACGCAGAGGUCGUGACCCCGAGAGGUCGAUGAGAGGUCGUGCCUGCACGCAUUGA